GGAGAUAUGUACCCUGUCCGACAGUGCAUUGAGUAUUCAGGCGCACCGGUCAGAUGUAUUUAUGUACACACGCAGCGCAUCUCCUAGGACAAAGCUCUCAAGAACCACGAAACCAGUGAUACCCACAAACCGUUCAUACAAAGCCCGUCGGAAUCUGUAAGCUCGGUCCCAAAUUCCUUCGAGAUGGGACAAGCAACCGAAACAGCCAAGCGAGCUGUCGUCAACCCCAGGACGACCAAAUUUGAAUUCGGCGGUCGGAUCGUAGCGCUCGGCGUUACUUUAUCGGUCCCGUUCUUCACCUAUUGGCUGAAUCUGGCCUGUACUCCUCAAACUGGAUGUUUGCUGGGUCCCCAAAUCCUGGACCUUCGGACUCUAUGGAACACGACCAACUUCUUCAGUCUCGAGGCUUGCUACGUCUAUCUUGGAUGGUAUAUGUACAUACCUUGUACUCUGCUGGCUAGUACUCCCUGGCAAAUCGGUUGAUGGUACUGUCUUGAGAGAUGGCACACGAUUAUCUUAUAAAUUUAAUGCUUUCAAUAGUCUCAUAUGCACCAUCCUUCUCACGGCCGCGGUGUUUGCUCGAUGGGGCGGCUCUCCCUUCUUGUAUAU